AUGCCUAUUGUUGGUGAACGCUCGAAGUUCUCAUGCUUGAAAAUUUACGACGAUACGAGUUCGUCAAGUGAUGGUGAUAAUGGCACGAAAUUGAUGAGUAAAGUGACACCUAGCCAGAAUAAAAAACAUGAGAAUCAGAAAAAAUCAGCUACAUGCAAGAAUAGUAGCGGUUUCAUUGUGCAUUCCAUACCACAAAAGCGAAAGAAUAAGGGGAAAAAAACUAAAAAAAUACCUAUUGUCAUGGAAGAUGGCUUCAAAGUGCAAGAUGGAGAUGGGGAUUAUAUGGAAAAGAAAUACCACGAGGAUUUGCAACAAGCAAUGGAAAACAGUCGCGAAGUGGCUUCUACGGCAUCUGCGGAUCCUGUGCAAGAGAUAGCAUCAUCCGAUGUUCAUACAGAAUCUUGGAUGGAGCAGGAAACAGUGAGAACAAAAGAUGCGGUUGAAGCACUCAUAUCAGAAAUUGAUUUACAAGCUUCUGCUUUGUCGACAAAAGAUGAUGGACUUCAGAAGACUAAGGAACAGCAUUUGGUUGCAUUAUAUCGAUCAAAACUGGUGGAAACACUUAGGCAAAUGAUGUUGGAUAAAGAAGUAAAACUGAAAACAGAGUCAGAAUUAACGAAGUACAAAAGCCGUUAUAAGAAAUUGUGCGAGUUACUGAAGGAUGCUGAAGUUAAUGAGAAAACGCAUAUGGCAGCAGAUCUUGAGAAAGCAAGAACAGUGGAGAAAGAGUUAAGCUGUCAGAUUGGUGAACUACGUGGAGAAUUGAUGCAAGCGCGGAGCAAAAUUCGAGAACUUGAAAUGAAAUAUAAAGAACUGGUCUCAAAGCAGCAACACUAG